UCUUGAAGUUUGACAGCUGCCUACAGUAGCUAGCUACUUUGCUUGAUAGCUUUCUAUCUAUCCUCUUACUAUUUUUUGUUUGUUGAUGAAGUGGUUUUAAAUCGGUGCAAAAAUGAGUAUAUCAGUAACUCGAACAUUUAAUAAGCAAAAUGAAACCAACAAAGGUUUUACACAACAGCGGGUACACGACUAUCUAUAUGACCCCGUAUAUACUGUGUCCGGGGAAAUGGACCAUGCAAGGGCCAGCUUCAAGGCACAUGCAUCCGUGGACCGGGUGAGGAAGGUUCCAGAGUAUGGGUCCAUGUUCAGUCACCUACCUCACCACCCUCGUUACGCCUUGCGUCUGGACACCACUGACCCUGUGCCCACUUUUAUUGACCGCCGCUGGCGAGGGUACACAGAGCAGCGCAGAGAGGCAGUUCAGCAGCUGGCAAGGGUCAUUCCUGGUGCUCAGUUUCAGGUCAGAGGGCGCAAAGACAGCAGCGUUUCAGGCAUUGAUCGUUGGAAGUUUUUCAAGUGCCCCCUGAUCCCCUUUGCACAGCAGGUUCCCCCCGAUGUGGUCUUUGCAUUGCCCAAAGCUAACCCAUACUCUACAGUGGAGGGGGGUAGUGAGCAGCUGCCCACUCCAUUCCAGCGCACCAUGGGAGUGCAGACUGACUACAGGGACAGUGAGGCCCAGACGGACCCCUACACCCCCGAAUACGUGGUACGGCCCGGGACGGCCCCCCCAGAGCUGUUGACACUGGCCACACUGACAUGGGGUCGUGGUCUUCCGGCGGGACUGGCGGAGGUGGAGAUGAUUGAGCGAACCAGGGUGAAGCGGGCAUGGGAGGCCACCCUGCCCCCCAUGGACGACCUGAGUCAACUGGACAAGAGGAAGAGGAUGAUGGAUGAGAUGGAGAGGAAGGAGUGGGCCUUCAGGGAGGACGAGAUCCAGAAGCUGCAGGAGGCUCGCCUGGCCCUGCUGAUGGGUCUACUGAGGCAGAGGGAGGAGGUUCAGCAAGAGGCCACGGUGGACAGGCUGGACCUCAAGUACUCCCAGCACCAGAGAGACAAGGAGAGCAAGCUGAGCAAGAUACGCAAUGACUACAUCAUCUCAAUGAGGAAGCUGACGGCAAAAAGAAAGAAUGUGGAGGGAAAGCUAAAGCGCCGUGACAUCAUCAAGGACUACUCCAACUACUCAUCUCAGACGUACGCCCCUCUGUCCCGCAUCGGCCUGUUCCCUGACCGCCACUCCCAAUGCAACAUGGUCAAGAGCCGCUACCUUGAUACCUACAAAGGUCUGCUGGAGCUGGAGGCGGGACUUCCGGUCUCAGUGACAGAGCCAUGUAUCAAAGCCCCCGUACCCAAAGUCAGCAAGGGCUUCGUCAAACGCUCUGCACGCAGAGAGAUGGAGCUCAUGAAGACACACCAGGCUCUGAAGGAGGAGAAGACUCGUGUGGAGGAGAAGAAGACACUGCGCUUCCUCUUUAAGACAGAGAAAUCUGUUCCUCGACCACAGACCCCAGUGGUGGACGAGCCCCCUGAGGGGGACGAGGAGAGAGAGUUGGCUGUCAUCUACUUGCAGAAGCUGCUGAGGGGAAGAAGCAUUCAGAACCAGAUGUUUGAGGGGAAGGAGAAGCGUCAAGAGCUGAUCCAGGAGCUGAGAACCACUCAUGCCCUGCAGAGAGAGGAGCAGGAGCUCCAGAGAGCAGACACACAGCUCACACUGGCUCUGCAGAGACAGAGAGAGCAACACACACACAAGGCAUCCUUAGUGGAGGGUUACCAUGCAGGUGUGGCAGGGGCGGAGCUUGUGGACAUGCUGGACUUCCUAUCGAAGGAGCUGAUUCGCCUACAGGAGGAACGCAGGAUCCAUGCCUUCACCUUAUUGGCCGAGAGAGACAGGCGCCUCCGAGAGGCCGAGGAGAGUGGGCGGAGACAGAUGGAAGAGAGGAGACGUAGAGAGGAGGAUGAGAUCUUCAAACAGGUGAUGAGGGUUCAUCAGGAGACAGUAGAUCUGUACCUGGAGGACAUCAUCCUGGGGACUCUGGACCAGACAGCAGACCAACAGGCCAGACAGGAGAUACGCAGAGUGGCAGAGGAGGUCAACAACAUCGCCUACGCCAUGGAGGAGACGUACGACACACACACACACACACACACACCAGGGUUUCCGUUAGCCGGUAAUAGCUGGCUUUUUGCCUAUAAAAACAUAGAAAAGCUGAUAACUAAAAUUGUCCCUAGCCAAUUGUCCAGAAGAAUAAUAAAAAAUACCAUUCGCUUCGGAGCACUGCGGUCAGAGGAGAUCGUAGCAGAGCUGGUGUACAGCUUCCUGAUCCCUGAGGUGCAGAAGAUCAACGUCAGAGACAGAGUGCGUCAGAGCCAGCGCAGGCACCUCCAGGCGGCUCACCAGAUCAUCCACGGGGCUGAAGAGAGCACCGUGGCCCCUCCUCCUGGCUCCCCUGGGGCCCAGCGCCCCCCCUCGCCCUCGGACAGGGCCUCCAGCCAGCUCCUGGAGGAGAUGCUAAUCCAUGUGGAGCAGGAGCUGGAGGGAGCAGGCAGGGGAGAGGAGGAACGCAGGGAGGUGGGAGAGGCACAGCAGAAAAGAACCAGCUGAGAAUAGAUUCAUUUCUCAACAGUAGAGAAAACACUUAGUGUUUCUUCAAGCAAUGCAUCUCCAAAGAGUUCAGUGUCAUGCUUUUGCUAAAAUAAAACUGUAUUUCAUUA